AUGGCUCGUAAGAAACAUUGGCAUUUUAGGUCCGGCCCUGGUAUCCACAAUCCAAGGAAACCAACAGCAGCACCUGAAAGAGUUAGAAAGCCACAUCGCUUCCAUCCUGGAACAGUAGCUCUUCGUGAAAUAACGAAAUACCAGACGAGUACUGAACUUUUAAUCAAGAAGUUGUCUUUCCAGAGAUUAGUUCGUGAAAUUGCUCAAGCAUUGAAACCAGACUUUCGAUUCCAGAGCCAUGCUCUUCUUACUCUUCAAAUGGCUGCUGAAGAUUAUUUAAUAGUAAUGUUUGAAGACUCCCUCUUGUGCGCACUUCAUGAUAAGAGAAUCACAAUCAAGGAUAAAUAUAUGAGAUUAGCAAGGCGUCUUCGUGGUGAAAUUCGUGGUGAAAAGAAUGAUGUUCUUUAA